AUGUGCCUGUGCCCUGUGGUGUUGGGGGCAGGGUCGUGGGCAGCUCAUGGGCGGAGCCACUUAUUUUUCAGUGGACUGAAGAGCUGCCAGUGGAGACAACUGGGGGUUUGCACAAAAGACACAGCCAAGGUGUUUUGCUAUUUUUGUUCCAACGUUAUUGGUGUGAUACUACACUCUCCUCCUGCUCCUGCUCCCUCUGUCAGCUUCCCUGUCACACGCCUGCUCCUCUGCCUGGCAGUGGCCAUGGCCAGCCACCUCUCCUCCUUCAAGUCUCACCUGUUGCUGCACAAUGUCAGUAUGAACGACACUCUCCCCACCCCAACUUUCUCUUGUAAUGUCACUCCAAGCUCUGAGCCCCUGCUCUAUAUCGGAGUAACCCAGCGUGAGCCCAAUCAUGUCGCCGUGCCGAUGACCGCCUUCUAUGUCCUUCUCUUUAUUUUUGGCAUCUCCUCCAACAGCGCCAGCAUUUUCACCCUGCUGAGAGAUGCGCGGCUGCGAGCCAGCGCUGUCCGGCCGUACCUGCUCAGUCUGGUUUUGUCAGACCUCUUGCAGUUGCUCACGGUGCCCAUCACCCUUUACAGGUAUUACUGGGAGAGUUACCCAUGGCGUUUGGGAGAACCCCUCUGUAAAGUCUAUUUCAUGGUGCGUCAGAUGUGCUGUGCCACCACUAGCUGGACCAUCUUGGCCUUCACGGCCGAGAGGUACGUUGCCAUAUGCCACACCAUGUGGUCCGUCUCCAGCCUCCAAAGAGCCAAAGCGCUGCCGCCACGGCUUUUGACUGGAGUUUGGGUCCUCUCCCUGGCCUCGGCUGUGCCUUUCGCCCUGGUUUAUGGCCAGGCCCGGGCGUGUGUGUGGGAUUACACGGCCCAGUCUCCCCAAGAGGCGUUCUCUCUCACCAGUAUGUGUGAGAUGCAGGAGGAAGCACCUUGGCCAGUGUACCAGGGUGCAUUGCUGGCUAGGGCUUCGCUGUGUUUUCUUGCCCCUUUACUGGCCAUCCUCAUACUCUUUAUCCUAAUUAUCGCCCACCUGCUGCAGAAUGGACGCCAGAGGAGGGCCAUGGGUUUGACACGGGCAGUGCCCGCUGCCAGGGGUCAUCCAUUGCCCUGCCCUCACAAAGGAAAGCUGCUCUGCUACGAGAAACGUGCCCUGCAACUCAUGGGUGCUGUUGUGGUGGCAUUCUUUGUCUGCAACUUUCCUGACAUAGCGUCCUCUCUGAUGCAGAUGUAUGUGAAAGUAUGGUCAGAUACGAUGCACCGAAUCUAUACAACACUAAAGUCCUAUCUAUCCUUACCGCUCUGGUACGUCAACAGUGCCUUGGAUCCAAUCAUCUUCUGCAUCUCUUCCAAAACCUUUCGAAGAGCCUGCUGGAGGACCUUAGGGCCCCUCAGGCCCAGGGACUGCCCCGGAAUGUGCCCGAGGAGAAGGAGAGGACGAGGUGGGUCUGGAGGUGGGUUGGUCAUGGGCCAGUUGAGCAGGAUAUCAUCUGGAACAGCACAUGUGUCGAUGAGAGAUAUGAGUGGAGAGUGUGCGGGGUUACAGCAGAAUCAGGGAGACCCUCAGCUGUUGUUCAUGCGAAACUUGACAUUGGCGUACCCCUCAUAUGUAGAGGCAAACUGA